CCUCGGGGAGGUAACAAAAUUAGUUGAAAACAUUUACAGAUAAGUACUUUUCAUAUUGGAUUUACUUUUGUUUGACAUCAAUUGAUCAGGUCAUGUUUGUAAUAAGAUGAUUUCACAAAAGCAACAUCAAUAACAAGGCAUUAUAAAACAAAAGAUUACCUGGCAGUUGGAGAAGUGAGUCGUACACUUUACAUUGAACCUGGCCUGUGCUCUGUGAUGCACACGACUUCCACAGGCCUUCAUAAAGUGCCUGCGCAGUUAUGAUGUUGUCCCCUGCAUAGGACGAAGCUUUCCACUCCACCAUGACUGUGGACGCGAUGGAGCCGAUGAAGCCCAGGAAAGCCAGCGAGAAGCCGAGAAUUUGUAUUCCAGCAUUUGCCAUAGUUAAAAUCCAGAAGAAAAAUAUACAAAAACAGAAGUGAUCAAAACUGAAUUUUUUAAAUCCCCCAAAAUGUUUAAAAAGAGCUUAUGUUUGGCUGCUCUGAUUUCUUCUCUUCCUCGCACAAUCUUUUUUUUUUUUAGCUGUGCAUCUUUAGGGAGUGACCAGGAGCAAAGGGAGGAUCCACUACCUCUGCCCCAGGUUAGAGUCGCGUGUGCGCUCUCUGGUGGAUAUGGUAAAUCCUGCAGAAAUGGAAGUCAGCUGGCUGCUAAAUCCACAGGGUAUUCUGCUCCUAUGCUCCGCAAUAACUGCAUCAAAGUGGAAAAUGGGCAAAGGAUUGCACUCAACUAUGUUCGUGCUGCUGCUCCUUUGCCACAACAGUGACACGUUGUCCCACAUCAGCUGCCCGUACAGAUGCCAGUGUUUCACACCAGUCCAAGUCCUGUGCGCUGAUGAACACAUGACAUCUGUGCCCAGAAACAUAUCCAAAGAAGUCAAGGAAGUCAUCAUCAUGACAUCUUCCAUGCAGUACCUGUUCCCCAACUCCUUAGAGGACGUUUCCCAACUGGAGAAGCUGAUUUUCUUCAACAAUGCACUGCGAAGUAUUCACUCUCAGGCUUUUCAGAACCUGACAGAUCUCAGUGAGCUGGAGAUAAGCGGGAACCCUUUGCUGGAGCAGUUGUUUCUGGGGACCUUUUCAACACAAGCAAACCUGACUAAAUUGCAUCUGAAUCACAACAAGUUCCACACCCUACUUCCUGGUAUGUUUAACUCUCUUAAAGGUUUAGAGACUCUGCAGAUGAAAGGCAACGUCUUAUCAGAACUGCCCGCAUUUUUGUUUCUCAAUCUUCAGAAUCUGCGUGAGCUGGACUUGUCUCUAAAUAAAAUUGAACAGGUGGAGAGUGAGACUUUCCCUGGUUUGGUUCGGCUGGAGAUUCUGAAAUUGAACAACAACCACAUUGGCAAUAUUUCAUCGUACACCUUGCAACAUGUUGCUCAGCUGACGGAGCUCCACUUAGAGGGGAACAAGAUAUCAGAACUUGCUGAUGAGACCUUCUCCGUGUUGCCUAAACUGAAGGUGCUGAACCUCAGGGGAAACCGCUUCACAUCUUUCAGCGGUGAAGUGCUUGGAAGCGAGAAUUCAAGUUUAACGCAACUGGACCUGAGAGGCAACAGGCUGACGGAACUGUCCUUUUUAAAGGCGCUGACAUCCCUUACUGACCUUUUCUUGGCAUCGAAUCAGCUUUCCAGCCUUCCUGAAGAUAUUUUUAGAAACAUCAGCACCUUGGAGAUUUUGGACCUCUCUGAAAACCAGCUGACCUGGUUACCAGAACUUAUCUUUACUGAUCUCAAAAGCAUCAAGAUGAUCUAUCUCCAUAAAAACCAGCUGAGUAGGUUGGAUGCCAAAAUGUUCAUGGACCAGCAUUUCAUUAAGCAGCUCUAUCUGUCUGACAACCAGCUGCAGAAUCUACCUGUUGGCCUCCUGGACCAAUUUGCCCUCCCACACAUGCUGCGACUACACGGCAACCCUUGGAAAUGCGACUGCCACAUGUGGUAUUUGCAUGAAUUGGUGCUGAAUAAUAGCCAGGACAUUGAAAUGCUGGACAGGAUGCUCUGCGAGAGUCCUGACUUCCUGAGGAGACGACCAGUGGCAUCCAUUGACAAGGACGAGCUGCUUUGUCAUUUGUCCCAAAAUGAGGUGCCUGACGUCGGCAGCUGCAGCCUUCACAAGUCCGAUGACUCGCUGGUCAUCAGGUGCAAAGUGGAGACGUGUUCUCCGCUGACUGUCAAAGUGCAGUUUCUGGAGCACAAUGGCAGUAUUAAGGAGAAUAUUUGGAAAAACCCCGCUUCUCAAUGCAGCAACGCGACAGCGACCGAGGCGCCCAUGCCGUAGAUUUUUGCUGAUUUCAUCAUUUUUGUUCUUUGACAAGCAAGUUGUACCAAAUAUCAAUCCUGCAAACACAUUCAGCAGCUGAUAAACAGCAUGUGAGGGGUGGUUGAACCCUUUUCUUUCAAAGUUCAAAGUACAGCCUGCAUCUUGUUGCUGUCAUCACCAAAACCAACAUGUUAAUCAUCAACUGGAGCAUUUAUAUAUAUAUAUAUACAUAUAUAAAAAAACAUCCUCUACCAA